GCUACAACACAACCCACCACCAACACCAACACACACCUGACUGCACUCAUAAUACACACACACACACACACACACCAGCUCUCCAGCUAUAUACCUCACUGGAGCUCGAGCUCCAGCUCUCUCUGUGUCUCACGCGGACUUUUAGGAGGAGGUUUUACAGAUGGAAAUGUGACAGCAGAGCAUUUCUCCAGCUUACCUUUCUUUAACUCCCGAGGCUGCAGUUCGUUUUAGGAGAAUUAACGUUACUUUUGCGAGGUUUUGAGUCUGAAAACUCUGGGAACUCGUGUGAGGAGAGAGGAGGAGGAAGCCGGAGGAGAAGUGCAGCAUCAGAUGGACACAGUUUUUGUGCUUCUCUGGAAAAAAUCUCCUGAGUUUAUGGAGAAAGCUGGACAGCAGCGCGGAAUGUAACGCCUGGAGUUACCUGUGAUACAGUCUCAGAAGGUUAACUCAGCCCUUCUCGCGAUGGAGACCACCCCGGCCCUCCUCCCACUGCUGCUCUUCCUGAGCCUGUGUGUCUGCGCUUGUCAUGGCAACCUCCGCCCGACCCCCCGAGUAUAUCUCUCUUACAAAGAGCUGCUGGAAACGAGGACUAUCCGGCCUUUCAGCUUCUCCUUCAACACCAGCGACUACCGCAUCCUGCACAUGGACCAGGACCAGGGCCGACUCUACUUGGGCAGCCGAGAGUACCUGGUCUCUUUGGACAUGCAGAACAUUAAUAAGGAGCCACUUAUUAUCCACUGGCCUGCUACUGCCCAGAGGAAAGGAGAGUGCCGAAUGACGGGAAAAGGAGGACAAGGAGAGUGUGCCAACUUUGUACGUCUGAUCGAGCCCUGGAACAGAACUCAUCUGUACACAUGUGGCACUGGAGCGUACAAGCCCAUCUGCACCUUCAUCAACAGAGGCUGGAAAGCUGAGGAGUACCUCUUCCGCCUGGUUCCUGGCUAUGUGGACUCCGGAAAGGGAAAGUGUCCAUAUGAUCCCCGGCAGGAAAACGCUGCAGCUCUUAUCCAUGGUAACCUGUAUGCGGGGGUGCACGUAGACUUCAUGGGGACAGAUCCAGCUAUCUUCAGGACGCUGGGAGACAGGCCUGCUGUCAGGACCGAGCAGUAUGACUCCCGAUGGCUGAAUGAGCCUGUGUUUGUAAAAAUCCAGAAAAUUCCAGAUAGUGCAGAAAAGAAUGACGACAAGUUGUAUUUUUUCUUCCGUGAGAAGAGUCUGGAUGCAGCAGGGGGCAGCACCCCCAGUGUUCUGGCCAGAGUGGGCAGAGUUUGUCUGAAUGACGAUGGAGGUCAAAGGUCGCUGGUAAAUAAGUGGACGACGUUCCUGAAGGCUCGUCUGGUGUGUUCUGUAAUUGGGGCAGAAGGAGUCGAGACGUAUUUUGAUGAACUGAGGGAUGUGUUCAUUCAGCGGACUCACGAUGAGCGUAACCCCACUGUGUACGCUGUGUUCUCCACCGCUGGAUCUGUGUUUAAGGGUUCAGCAGUGUGUGUGUACUCCAUGGCUGACAUCAGAAACGUCUUCAACGGGCCUUUCUCCCACAAACACGGACACAACUACCAGUGGACUCCUUACACUGGAAAAAUCCCCUACCCCCGUCCUGGCACGUGCCCCGGAGGAACCUUCACGCCUGGUCUCCACACCACCAAAGCCUUCUCCGACGAGGCCAUCAACUUCGUACGCGCGCACCCUCUCAUGUACCACCCCAUAUACCCUACCCACAAGCGCCCCCUGGUGGUGAGGACGGGCGUGGACUACCGCUUCACCACCAUCGCUGUGGACAUGGUGGAUGCUGUUGAUGGGAGAUAUGAAGUUCUUUUCUUAGGGACAGAUCGAGGAACAGUGCAGAAAGUGAUCGUCUUACCAAAAGACACGAGCACAACAGAAGAACUCAUUCUGGAGGAGGUGGAGGUUUUCAGGACUCAAGCACCAGUGAAAACUCUGAAAAUGUCUUCUAAACGGCAACAGCUGUACGUGUCGUCGGAGCGGGGUCUGACCCAGGUGUCUCUGCACCGCUGUGACGUGUACGGUAAAGCCUGCUCUGACUGCUGCCUGGCCCGAGAUCCGUACUGCGCCUGGGACGGAGAGACAUGCUCCGCUUUCACCCCCGCCACCAAGAGGAGAAGCCGGAGACAAGAUAUCAAACACGGAGAUCCGUUACGCCAGUGCAGGGGCUUCAACUCUAAGGUAGAGAAGCGCCUGAGGGAGACGGUGCAGUUCGGGGUGGAGGGCAGCAGCACGUUUCUGGAGUGCCAGCCCAGAUCUCCACAGGCUACUGUUAAAUGGCUCUAUCAAAAAGAUGGAAAACGCAAAGCACUCAGUCGAGAUAAAGAGGUGCUGAAGACGGGUCACGGAAUUCUGCUGAAGUCCCUGGUUCACUCAGACGCUGGUCUCUAUCACUGCCUCGCCACCGAGAACAACUUCAAACACACCUUGGCUCGAGUGUCCCUGCGGAUCCUGGACCGCGAAAUCGUGGAGGCCCUGACCGCUCCGGACGGCCCUGUGGAGUCUGAACGUCACCACCAGCACCACCAUCAUCGGCCCCCGCCUCCACCCCCGCCUCAUACCCCGCCUCCACCCCUCCAGCAGCUCCCCCCACAGCCCGAGGUGCGCCUCAUCAACCAGUACUGCCAGUCCUACUGGCAGCAGCAGAGCCCCGGCCAGACCCACAAACCCAAACGCACCAACCGCAGACACACCGACCAGCAGGAGGCGCAGGAGGAGCUGCAGGACCAGUGAUAGCGUUCUGCGCGCCAGCUGAUCCAGCGUUCCAUACUCUCUCUCUCUCUGUGUGUGUGAGCAGGAUAGGUAACGUCGGUAAAGACUGUGUUCCUAAGAUAAAUUACGGGGAAAAAACACACGAUUUUAAAGUUAGUUCCAGAUUUCAAUUUUUUAACACAUUGCAUGUUGAGGUUCUUGAUGCGAGACAGUGAGGAUACAGUCUUGUUAACUAGGGAUGGGACAGUUUGAGGGUCUAAAAAUGAAUAAAAACUAAGUUUGUAAAAAAAAAAAAAAAUCUACUGAUAGAUUUUCCCAGCCCAGGAACAAUGUGUGGUAACCUGCUGGAAUAUUAACAACAUGACGAAGGGAGUUUUUAAAGCUUUUGUUAAUAUUUCUGUGUUUCCAAUCCAAUAAUUCUGGGAAGAUCAGUAGAAGUUACACUUUAGUACCUGUGGUGCAUUGAUGUCAAUGUGUAUUAGUGUAUUAUUGGCUUUUUCUAUGUGUUCACAUGUUCACAAGUUUUAACAAGGAUGAGUUUUGACAUUUGAUCACUGAUAUCUUGGAUGAUAAAUGGGAUGUGGUACAUAUUCAUGCUGUCCCAUCUAUAGGCUGUUCUGUGUUCACAUUAGCAGGCGACUAUAAGAUUAUAGUCAAUUAUAGUAUAGUUGCAACCAGUGACCAAUCGAGUUGAGGUUUUCUCAGCUUUACCCAAAGUGACAUUCUAAACCGAUUGGCUCCAACAAGCUUUUUUUUUUUUUAGACCAAUCAUAGACACAGGGGUCCGAGGUCCCCAGUUUCACCCAGUUUCGCUCUCUGAACGUUUGGUUCCUACCAGCAACUUGCUGAUGCUGAUUUUCCAUGCUAUGAAAGGUCUGUUUCUACACUUAUUGUCAAAGAAGUGGUUGCACCCGGAAGGAAGUGUCUAAUUAAAGUGCUUUUCGAAACAACAAAUGUUUUAAAGACUUUUCAGCCUGGGGUUGUAGAGGUUCCUAAUGGAGUCCUGCUAUAAUCCAUCCAGUGCAUCUUGAAUAUUUAUCCAGUUCUUGCUUUAGGGGUGGAGUGAUGAUAACCUGUGCAAUAGCACCACGGACAUUUUUAAUGGGGGACAGGUCUGGCAAUGCGGCUGACCAUGGCAGAGUAUCUGUGUCUUUAAGACAAGCUCUUGAGAGAGCAGCAGUAUGUGGAUAAGCAUUGUCCUGUUGGUAUAGCAAAAGCAAGACUUGUCCCUGAAGAUGACCAACUGCCAUGACAGUGUGGCACGACUACCCACCAAGAUUCAUUCCUGUCUGUGCGACUUGCAAGGCUAUUCCUAUUACAGAGAAAGGGAAAAUGUAGUGUUGGGAGUCUUGCCCAAGGACUCUUAUUGGUGUAGCACAGCUUUUAGUCACCCAGACCUGGAAUUGAACCCCACAUAGGGUUCUCCCACACUGUAGCUCACUGGCAGAUGGUGGUGUUAUCCACUGCACCACACCAACCAAUCAUUCCUUGGGGUGCAACUGUUUUUUUGAUGAUUGUGUGUAGUAAUGUAUUUUCUCAAACUUUUCGCCUGCUAGUGUGAAAACAGGAUGGAACAGGCUGCUGUAUCUUCUUCUUAGUUUUCUUUUGGUUUUGGCUUUUCUAAGCUUACAGUACAUUGUGUGCUCACUUUACGGAGCAGUAGGUUUAUUAAUAUUAAUGUGAAAUGUUUCUCCAAACCAAAGGAAACAGUCAACAUGCCGCCACAUUACAUAACACACAUAGAAUUUAGGGCUGUUUUUUUUCUCCACUGUAUGUUCUCUUCCGCUGUAACCGGUCGUUAUAUUGCCAUUACUCUCUCUCUCUCUCUCUGAGAGUAAAAAAGUCA